CAAAAAUUCAAAUCCGAAACGAAAGGCCCACUCACCAAAAUCCACACUCUCUCCCUCCAAAAACGCUGCGAUUUUAAAGGCUUCUUCUGAGUUUGUAGAGAGAGAGAUCUGAGAAUGGAUUCAACUGCGAAGACGGCGACGGCGAGGGGUGCAGGAGGAAGGAGAGGGGGAGAGAGGAAGAAGUCGGUGACGAAGUCGAUCAAGGCUGGACUUCAGUUCCCCGUUGGCCGUAUCGCUCGCUAUCUCAAGAAGGGGCGUUAUGCUCAGCGCACGGGCAUCGGAGCUCCCAUCUACCUCGCCGCCGUUCUUGAAUACCUCGCCGCUGAGGUGUUGGAAUUGGCUGGGAAUGCAGCAAGGGACAACAAGAAGAACAGGAUCAACCCUAGACACCUUUUGUUGGCGGUGAGGAAUGAUGAAGAAUUGGGAAAAUUGCUUCAGGGAGUGACCAUUGCGCAUGGUGGAGUACUACCCAAUAUUAAUCCUGUCCUCUUGCCUAAGAAAUCUGCUGCUGCUGAUUCUGAAAAGGCCUCUAAGUCCCCCAAGUCCCCCAAGAAGGCAUAAACUAGUGCUAUGUGUUUUUUUAAAGUUAAAUCUGUAAUGACUAAUGUGACUAGUGGGUUUUUGUUGUUUUGUUUUGGGUUUUAGGGGGUUCUAGUUAUUAGAACUGUUGGUAGUUUGGCAUAAAUUGUAGUUUGGUAAAUCUUUAAUAGAAAGUUUCUUUUAUUUCAAAAAAUC